CUGAAUACGCUGGUGCUUUCAGAUUUUAAAUGCGUGUAAUAUGUAAAGAGAAAAUGAUGAAUAUGUCUUAUUAUGUUGCAUCCGUGCUUGACUCGGUUUGACAGUAGUGCCGAGAGACGCAAGAUUUCGUGGGUCUGGUCCUCUCAGCUAGAGCCGUUCGCGUGUUGGCAGUUGCCAAUUGGCGAUAUGAGAAGUUUGCAGUUUCGAGACUAUGUAUUCACCGAAUUAUUAUGUCAUUACAUUUUCUAUAAAUAAUUGCAUAGAAUUCCCAUUAUGACUUUCGAACAUUUUUACUCAAAUAUCAUAUAUGUCCGUAUUUCUGGACAUAUCUGAUAAAAAAAGUAAAUAAUCAGAUGGAUGCAUCUGGUAUCGUUAGAGGUGUAGGCUGGCCGCGGGCGGGAAAUUCAGUCCAGGAAUGAAUUUGAAAUCUACGGACCUACUUCGCACUCUUCAGCUCAUCCUUAGUUUUAAUGAGCAGAUGUCUCGAGAUGACAGCACCAUUCGUCGCACCGUUUCCAGAUUUGCAAGUCAAGCUCGCAACAUUAUAAUGAAUGUUCAUCGUUACUUCAGCUCACAGUGGGGAGCAGACUCAAGAAAUGAAGUAUUUGAGAAGACCGCCAAAGCUACAGGAGUGCCCACCAACACAGUGAAAAAAAUCAAGCGACAGUCAUCUGAGUGUGGUAACGUCCCCUUCGCUUCACCUGUAUAUCCCAGGAAGAGGAUCCGAGUGAAGGACAAGGUGGAUAGUUUUGAAAAUGAGUGUAUUCGGAAGGAGAUUUUGUCUUUUUACGAGAGAGGAGAGCUCCCAACGUUAGAUGCCCUACUGGAAAAAGUGAAGGAAGACCCGGUAAAGUUUAAUGGUGGAAGAACAACGUUAUGGAAAAUUGUGAGAGGGCUUGGAUUCCGCUACAAAAAAGUGACGAGUGGAAGAACAAUUUUAAUGGAACGUGAUGAUAUAGUGGCAGCGAGAACUGAAUACCUACGGUUAAUUGAAAAGAAUAGGAAUUGUAGUCCAACUGAACGUAAACCUGAAGUAUUCCUGGAUGAAACUUGGAUAAACCAAAAUGAAUGUGUACGUCAGUGUUGGACAACGGGUGAAGGCGAAAUAGGACCCAAACUUAAGACUGGAAAGGGGUCAAGAUUUAUUGUGGUGCAUGCGGGGAGUGAGAAGGGGUUUGUCCAAGAUGCGCUAUUGUUGUUUAGGUCAAAAAAUGGUGCCAAAGGGGACUACCAUGAUUCCAUGGACCAUGAAAGGUUUUUAAAGUGGUUUAAGGAACAACUAUUGCCUAAUAUAGAAGAUAGAUCUCUAAUCAUAAUGGACAAUGCUCCCUACCAUAGCAAAAUAGAAAAUAAAGUGCCAACACAGCAACAGAAAAAGUGAAGUCAUACAGUGGCUUUCUUCUAAUAACGUCACCCACGACCCAUCAGCAACAAAGCCAAAAUUGCUGCAGAUUGCCAAGUGUCACAAAGAAAAACAGAGGUAUGUGAUAGAUGAGAUAGCCCGUGCAAAUGGUCAUGAUGUGCUCAGACUGCCACCAUAUUAUUGUCAGUUUAACCCCAUAGAACUUAUAUGGGCUCAAAUAAAGGGGGAUAUCAGAAAAAAUAACUCUAAUGCAAAUCAAUCUUUGAAAACUGUUGAGCAGCUUACGAGACUGGCGAUAGACAAAGUUACAACAGAAGACUGGAAGAAAUGUUUUCACCACGUUAAGAAAUUAGAAGAUGAUUAUAGGAGGAAAGAUGUUGCUAGAGAGCAUAUGUUUGAAAGUUUUGUUAUUGACAUUGGAGAUGACGAAACUGACAGUGAUGAUAUUGAUAUUAGGGAGGAUGACACUGACAGUGAUGAUAUAUAUCAAUGAUUUUACAUUAUUUUUUUUUUUAAGUUGAAGACCUAACAGUGUUUCUAUAGUUUUCCAUUUUUUAGAUAGGCAAUUUCAUAACUACAGUAUAUCCAUAUGAGUUUCCUUUUUUUUAAUAUUUAAUGGCAUAACAAUGUACAUAUCUGUUUAUAAAUUCUUUUUACUUAGUUUUAAUAGAAAAAGGGAUAUCAAUGUAUCUUUAUAAUUUCCCAUUCUUUUUG